AGGAACAGAGUGCACAAAAUAUGGAAACGGACAUAGAGUUAAAUAGCGAAUUUGAUAUUGAAACACUAUUUUUUUCUUUGGAGGACGAUUUCCUCUUUCAAGACGAAAAUUUUAAUAAAGAUUUAGACGCCUUGGUGUUGGAGUUGUCCAUUGAACCAGUUAAAAGCACAUUUUUUUGUACAAUUUGCUCUAAGAAAUGCAUAUCUCAAAGAGGCCUUACAAGGCAUACAAACUCACAGCAUAAAGGUAUUCCUUCGGACUUAACAUUACAAAAUCCUAAACCCCCUAUUCUUCUUAGCGAGUUUAAAAGUCUGCUUGAUAAAAGCAUUACUACUUUAAUUGACGACGAAUGCUAUCCUGAUUUGUAUAGAAACGAGUUGAGAAUAAAUCAUGCAAUGCUAUUAGAAAUUUCACAACAAACCCUAUCUUUAUUAGAGACAACAAUAGCCAGUUUUCAAGCUAAUGGUGAUGCAGAAAAGUUUUAUCCUCAAUUUUACAAAGAUAUUAAUUGUGAUAUUUUCAUAAACUAUCUAAGUAAAAAAACAACUAGACUUCUUGGAUGUGAACUAUGCAAUCAUGUUUUAGCGUUUCUUACAAACUCAUUUUACAAUAAUUCUUUAAUAAAUUUAAAUGAUUUAUCAUCUUUUGAACUUUCAGAUCGAGAUAAAGAAAUAAUCUUGUAUUUAAGUGGCUAUGUAUUCAGUACAUUUUAUUGCAGAGUUCGGAGUUCACGGUUAUGGCAGCAAAAGUUAAGCACAGACUGCCUUUCACUUCUUAAUGCUGGUAAAAUUGAAAAUUUUUUAAAGAUCCUGAACCAUCCACUGAGUUUUACCAUAAAUUUGUAA